AUGUCAUCAACCAGCGUGAGAAAUCGAGGUCAGGAACCUAUCUCGAGGUCAGAAAGCCUAAAGAGCAAUGUAGGCACUGCUACCACAAGGCGAUAUCAAACGCGCAGCUCGAACACAGAAGAAACCACCGACAGCACACCCUCGAUCACCUCAUUAUCUACCAGUUUUAAGGCCUCACAGAAGCGUAAAGCAGUUGCGAUAACACAAGUCUCUAAAUCUGAAGCAGGGAUAACAGACUCACCGUCUGAAAAUAGAAAAGUAGUACACUCAGUCAAGCUACCGAAAACGUCGACUGGUAAGGGUCGAGGCACACGUAUCACAGACAAAUACAUCAUAUUCUGGGGCGGAGUCUUAUCGAAUUGGAAUCUUGGUUCUACAUUCUCUGGAAAGCGAGUGAUUGAGCUACUCGCCCCUCGUCUCGCUGAGCAAGAGGUGGAGCAUCCUGGUCUAACCACCAUGAGUACGAGACUACUUGAACACCAUAACUUCGUGUGUGGUGAACAGGCAAUGAUGGCUUUCAAAGCCUGGUUGUUUGAGAAAAACCAAGUGCUUGAACAGGAGCUGGCCAAAUUGGAGAUGAAUGGAUCCGACACCAAUGCCUUGUUCAAUGCCAUUCUUGGACAAUCCAAGCCGUCCAAGGUCAGUCAUCCGAGCUUAGAUGAAGUCGUGGCCAAAGCACGCAAGACAUAUCUCUGUCAGAUUCUACUCAGCUCCAGCCCUCGUGAUCAGAAAACCCUGGGCCGCAAGGUUCCACAGUUUUCUCCCGAAGUGUGGGACAAAUCUUGUGUUGCUAUCGUCGUCAGUGCAUCUAUCGCUCGUGCCGAGUGCGAGGAAAAUCUCAAGAAGCUUUAUCUCCAAGCUGGAGACCGAAAAUUUGUCGAGGGUUCUCCGAUGGAUAGGAUUUGGGGCAUUGGGCUGAAAUGGGAUGACCCACGUGCAGAGGCUGAGGAGAACUGGAGGGGGAGAAAUCUGUUAGGCAAAUGUCAUGAUCAAGCAGCUGUGUUUUUGAGGGGGAUUGAUGUUUGA